AAAUCAGCAUCUUUGCAAACAUUUUGUAAAUAAUCACAUUGCUUUUUCUGCAAAGUAUAAAUCAUGGCUGUGAACAUCACUGGGCUCAUUGUGCUGGUUGUGUUCUACCUUAUCAUCCUCAUUGUGGGUGUGUUGGCUGCAAGACGGAAAGGCCUUACUGGCCGGCCCACUCUCGAGUCAUCCAUCGUUGCUGACCGCAACAUCAGCACCCUUGUGGGCAUCUUCACCAUGACAGCUACAACUGUUGGAGGUGGUUACAUAAAUGGAACUGCAGAAUCCAUAGCAACAGCAGGGCUAGUGUGGACACUGGCUCCACUGGGAAUUUUCAUCGGUCUUAUAAUAGGUGGUGUGGUGUACGCAGGUCCCAUGCGUGAACACCGCUACAUGACGAUGCUGGACCCGUUCAAUGAGAGGUUUGGUGGUGUUGUCGUGGUGCUGGUCUAUAUGGCCUCUCUCUGUGGAGACCUGUUCUGGACUGCCUCCAUCCUCUCAGCUCUAGGAACCAGUCUCAGUGUGAUUGUUAACCUUGACCUCACCGUUGCCAUAGUGACCUCGGCAGGGGUCACAGUGUUCUACACAAUGAUUGGUCAGAUGAUAAGUGUAGCCUAUACAGAUGUGGUACAGCUCAUCUUCAUCGUGUUCGGACUGUGUCUAAGUGUACCGUUUGUGUUGACCAAUGAGAAUGUAGGCAGCAUUGAUACGCUCACCAACGAUUGGCUGGGGAAACUGGACACGCCCUCGCUUCCACAGUGGAUAGACCUGCUCAUUGCUAUGACAUUUGGCACCAUUCCGUGGCAGGCGUAUUUCCAGCGUGUGUUGUCGGUACGCAGCGGUCGCCAGGCAAAGAUCCUUUCUGUGGCAGGAGCGUGUGCAGCUUUUGUGUUGGUCGUACCCUCCAUCUUGAUAGGGGCUGCUGGGAAAUCUGCAGAUUGGAACGCUACCCGACUGGGUGUAUCGCCGCUGGACAUUGGUCAGGGAAGUGCGAUACUGCCCCAUGUGCUGAAUGAGUUCACACCACCAGCCGUCUCCAUACUGGGCCUAGGCGCCAUCUCAGCAGCAGUGAUGUCAUCCAUGGACAGCUCUGUACUUGGCUCCAGCUCUAUGUUUACAUUCAACGUUUAUAAAAACAUCCUUAGAAACAAGGCCUCAGAAAGGGAGCUACUUUGGGUUCAGCGUCUCGUGAUCCUCAUUGUGGGUGCCAUGGCAACAACAAUCUCCAUCUUUGUACCCAUCAUAUAUGGGCUCUUCAUUCUUGCAGCCGACAUCGUCUUCGUCAUUGUUCUUCCACAGCUGACGUGUGCUCUGUUUUUGAAGUUCACGAACGCGUACGGGGCAUUUCUGGGUUUCCUCACAGGUGCAGUUUUGCGGCUCGGAGCUGGUGAACCGUAUUUGAAAUUUGAGCCGAUCAUAAAAUACCCCUGGUUUGAUAACAAUAUAGGGCAAGUUUUUCCAUUUAGAACAUUUUCCAUGGUCAUGUCCUUCUCAAUCAUUAUUGUCGUAUCUUUAAUCACUAAUGUUUUGUUUUUAAAAGAAGUCUUCCCAAAGAGUUGUGAUAUAUUCGGAAUAUUAAAAAGAAUGAAGCAUUCGUACAAUCCGGCGCCGACAUGUGAGUUGACUGAAGUUCCCCAGUCCAAUUCAGCCACACAGUUGUGUCGCUGUCCAGACAGGAAUGUGCCCUGUAAUCACGAAAAACAGUCUGGUGACCUCUCCUCAAAUGAUCUCUCCAGUGGGUCACAUGACAUAUCAUGUGACCAUGGUUGUGAGAAGACUGGUUCCCAGCAAUGGUCCCCUGCACCAGUAGAAGCGGGUAACCUGGGCACAAAAUUAUAGGUAUUUGGACGUGUUCUCAGCAUUAACCCCCUGUCAACUUUAGAGGCUGGAAAACAGGGCGCACAAUACAAGGUUUUUGAUCUGGAUCCCAGCACUGGUCUCCUGCCAACUGUUUGCCAGCAGAUGCUGGCAAACAGGGCACAAAAUUAUAGUUGUCUCUGAUAAUCUGCAUUCAAGGUUAUGUGUAGUAAUGUAUAUCAUUUCCUGCCAAAAUCACCCAAUAAACAGAGAAAACCGAAAUGUUUUCCACUUUGUUGAAUGCAGAAGACACUCAUAAUAUCAUUCAUUUUAUUCUUCUUUGUGAUGCAUAAUGAUUUUCAUGGGGAUACAUAUUAAAUUUAUCCUCUGAAAAUGGACUUUUUACCUGCAUUAAGUGGAAGUCAUAUUUAAGUUUAUUAAUAAUCAUCUUUAAAAUAGCACUAAUUUUAUUCUAAUUAUGAUGCUAGUCACAGAAUCUUGUUUUACUUACAUAUAUUGCCUGGCCACAGACACUAGUAUUCUUUUAUGAAGAAUAUUAAAACAGAAGAAAGUUAAAUGUAUUCAUACUGAUAUUUCAGUAUUGUGUUACCUCUUUUUUCCUACAUAAAAUAAAGUAAAAACUGUAUUUCAGUGUUAUUUGGACCUUAUUUCAAUAUGUUAAUUUUUUUGCCCACCCCUGUAUUUUUAUUUUGUAAGUGUUUCAAUGUCUAUCUUGCUACCUAACCCUAUCUUGUGCUUAGUCAUGACGUCUUACAAUUUCAUUUGUUUAAUGACUGUAUAUAUCAUAAACUUGUUCCCCCAAUGUAGGUAUGCAAUAUCUCGAUCUAUCGUGCAAACAUGCUCUGUCAUGUUCUGUACUUUACCCUUGUUCUGGGAAAACUGGGCUUAAUGCAUGCACGGACAAUACUUAACGCAUAUCGUCGCUGUCGUUCUCAAACCUCGUAGCUCCAAAAUUUUCAAAAUAUUUUUUUCAUCUUUUCCGAAUAUAUUAAGUCUGGCGCGUGUUUUGUGCUAUAUCUCGUAGCUCUGCGCCAAUCAGAGCCCUUGAAAAAGCCACGUGACGAAAUGUUGUAGAAUGAUUGUUGGGUUUUUUCCUGGCGAAAAGUCGUAGCGACGCCAUUUCACCUAUAGGUACGUCGUUUCGUUUGGACAAAUUUGACAAAAACGUUUUUAUAAUUUUUUUUAUUUGCAACUACGAGGUUUCCUAUCAGGACGAAUUGUCGUUUUUUUCUUUCUCCUGAAAAGUUGGCAUUUUGUAGAUACGAGGUUUGAGAACGACAGCGACGAUAUGCAUUAAGCACAGAUUUUCCAGAAGGAAUCUCAAUUAAGGUCUCUGUCAUUUUCAGUCCUAUAGGUGUGAUCUGUCAUUUAUACAAUAUACAUUGCUAUAUGCAAUAAGCUGUGAACAAAGUACUUCAUCAAUUGACAUGCAUCUUCCUGUAUUCAAUUUUAUCAUUGUAUGUGUUCAUGGGUGUAAAUAUCACUCUACACUUUGUUGACAGAACACCACUGUACACAUUACAUUGUUACCUCUUUCAGGAACACUUUGGCUUGUUUGCAGAACAUUUUAUGCAGAGUGUCUUCAUUUCUAAGGGCAUUUAUUAAACAACUGGGUUCCAAAGAUUAUUUUAUAUUUAUAUAAGUUUUAUCAUGUAUGUUGUUUUCCUUUAUAGUGCUUGCAUCAUAUGUUUUCCUUUUGCUUGCUUGAAUCAUGUAUGCUGUUUUUCUGUGUUUUGCUUGCAUCAUUAAUGCUAUUUUCCUGUUUCUAGCUUGCAUCAUGAAUGCUGUUUUCCUCCAUCUUGCUUGUUUUAUGUACAUGUUGUUUUCAUUUUUCUUGCUUGCAUCAUUUAUUCUAUUUUCCUUUUAUCUUGCUGGCAUCAUGUAGGCUGUUUUUCAUUAUCUUGCUUGCAUAAUGUAUGUUGUUUUCCUUUUUAUUGCUUGGGUUUCUUAAUUAUAAGGAUUAUACAUAUAACAUGUAUUGUACAUUCAUAUGUAUAACUGUUUGAUCUGUUGAACACCAUGUUUUUAUUUACAAGUUAAUGUCUUUUUACUGAGUUGUUUGGUUGUCAAGUUCUUGUUUGAAUCAGAGGCAGGUUUUUGAUAGUAUUUAAUUAUACAUUUGUUGCUCAUGUUUUUUUUGCUCCCCUUAGCAAGAAUUGCUAAAUUUGGAGCUUUUUUUAAUUGCCGUAUGUCCGGCAUCAUUUGUCAUGCAGUGUGUGAUGUGUGUUGUCAACUUGGAGCUAAUUACAACUCUAGAUGGACAUUUUUAAUUCAAUCUUGAUAGAAAGUGUUCACAGUGUCUAUGUGGAUAAUAUCUAGGUCAAGUGUGAGUCUGGGGCAUCUGCAUCCAAAAAAAUGUAAGGUUGUAAGGUCAUAUCUUAACCCUUUGCAUGCUGGGAAAUUUGUUGUUUGCUAAAAUGUUGUCUGCUGAAUUUCUAAAAUUAGCAUUUUCUUCGAUUUUUUUCAAAGAAUACUAUAAGAAUAGCAAACAGUUUGGAUCCUGAUGAGACACAACGUUCUGUGGCUGUGGUGUCUCAUCUGGAUCCAAACUGUUUGCAAAGGCCUUCAAAAUUCGGUUCCAGCACUGAAAGUGUUAAAAAACUUUUUACCACUAGAGUUAGGAACAUUUUCAACUCAAUAUUGAUGAAACUUGCUCAGAGGGUUUGUAUUGACCUUAGCAAGGUCAUAUUAAGGUCAUGAAUAUAUCUUGGUCAUGUAAGUUUAAAUCUUAGAAAAAUCUAGUCAUAAAUAAGGUUUAUGUAGUAAUAUGUAUUGACACCUGUUCAUAAUAUUGAACACAUGUUACUGUCCUCUGACUGCAAUAUAUACACGUAUGAUGAUAAUUAAUUUUACUUGUGUGAAUCAUGUAUAAUGUAUUAUUGUUUUAUCAAGGUUCUAUUGUUUUUAUGCCCCCUUUAAAAGAAUGCAGCAUGAAGCUGUCACACUGUACGCUUGUCUGUCUUUAUGUCUGUGCAAAAUGUCUUGCCUCGGCCAUAACUUAGCCAUAAAUUGAUGAAUUUUGUAAUGUCUUGACGCAAAUGUCCAUUAUCAGAAGGCGAAGUCUCACGUGUAGCAGCAGUCUCCCCAGAUCAAAGGUCAAGGUAACGCUUAAGAGUUCAUGGAUCAAAUUUUGCCAUAAAACAGCUAGUUCAAACUGUGACUUUUUCAUAAAUCAUUCUCAUUUAUUAUAAAUUACCUCAAAUAACCUCAAAGGUCAAGGUGAAACGUAGAGGUAAAAAGUAUCAUUUAGACAUUAUGAGGUAAGUUUGACAUCAGAGGAGUUUUGGCACAUUAGUGGAAAGUAGGUGCAUCCAUGCGUAAUGGACACAUUUCUUAUUUAUUGAGGUCUAGCCCAUUGUUCUCUCACUGAGUUUACGCCUUCUAUCAGGACAAGUCUUCAACAAUUAGUUUCCAUGAACUUAGGUGAGAAUUUAAGGACCUUUGUGGCCCUCUUUUUAUGCCCCCGGUAGGGCGUCAAACUUUAACAUUUGCCAUUACUUUUGCAAUAUUGAAGAUAGCAAAAUCAUAUUUGGCAUGCAUGUGAAUCUCAUGAAGCUGCACAUUUUGAAUGGUGGAAGUUCAAGGUCAAGGUCAUCCUUCAAGGUCAAAGGUAAAAAAAAACAUUUUUCAAAGCGGCACAAUUGGGGGCAUUGUGCUUCUGACGAACACAUCUAUUGUUCAACUUGUGCUGAUAUACUGGAAGAUGUUGGUGCUAUUGUUAGUUGCUUUAUUUAUUUGCUGUACUUAUUUCAAAUCAGGGAAGGCGUCAAUUACUUAUGAGUUAGUUUUGGAUGCAAGUUUGUAAAAUAUAAACAUAACAAUUCAUCUGUUUUGACAAUGGAUGUGAGUUUGAAAAUAUGAUAAAGUAUUUUAAACUAUACAAGAUAAAUUAAAAUUUUAAAUGGAAUAUCCUCUAAAUCUUUAUACAUAUCAGAGCAUUGAAUAAUCUCUUGUUUCAUGCAUGUAUGAAAUCUCAAAGAUAACUUUGUACAUAGCCAAAAAUAUAAUCAUACUAAAUUUACUACAACGGCUUAAUUUUCUGAACCUGCAAAUGUUUUCCUAAGGGCAAUAUUUUUCUAAAUAAAAAAAUAAAUGUUUUACUGACCUAUUGCAAAAUGAGACCUUUACCUGAAUGCUAUGUUACCAUUAAUAAAUACGUGUUUAUUAAAAUAUAACAUGUUUUUGGAAUGUAUAAUAUUGCAUAAGCUGUUGAUGUGCCCCCUCCCAUGUAUCUAUACUAUCCAGCAUUCGUGCCAAUCUGUAUGUGAACCUUUCUGGUCAUUAUUUAUUUUGAUAAAAGAAUCUUAAGUUUGAACUUUUUGUAUUCACUUAUUUUGAAAGAAGAAUGAAAGAUAUUUAUAAAAAUUGUAUUCUUGCUUUAUGCCUGCAAAAGUUUUUGUUCUGGUGUAUGAUUUUAAGUUUUGAUUUACCUUUACCUAUACUUGUUUGGAUAUAUGACAUUGUUUUGUUAAGUAUUUUACAGCAUUUUAUGUAACUGUUGACAAGAAUCUAGAAAAUUUAUUGUUGUUAAAUAAAUAUCCCAAUUUUUUAAUGCAUAAUUAUUGCUUUGCUGAUGCUGUUUACUUUUUAGCUCACCUGUCACGAAGUGACUUGGUAAGCUUAUGUGACCGUGUGAUGUCCAGCGUCCGUCGUGCGUGUGUGCGUGCGUCCGUCUACAAUUUGUUUGUGUAGACAGUAGAGGUCACAGUGUUAAUCCAAUCUUAAUGAAAUUUGGUCAGAAUGUUUAUCUUGAUGAAAUCUGGGUUGGGAUUGUAUUUGGGUCAUCUGGGGUCAAAAACUAGGUCACUAGGUCAAAUAAUAGAAAAACCUUGUGUAGACAAUAGAGGUCACAGUUUUCAUCCAAUCUUUAUGAAAUUUGGUCAGAAUGUUUAUCUUGAUGAAAUCUGGGUUGGGAUUGUAUUUUGGUCAUCUGGGGUCAAAAACUAGGUCACUAGGACAAAUAAUAGAAAAAACCUUGUGUAGACAAUAGAGGUCACAGUUUUCAUCCAAUCUUUAUGAAAUUUGGUUAGAAUGUUUAUCUUGAUGAAAUCAGGGUUGGUAUUGUAUUUGGGUCAUCUAGGGUCAAAAACUAGGUCACUAGGUCAAAUAUUAGAAAACCUAGUGUAGACAAUAGAGGUUAAAGUUUUCAUCAGAUCUUUAUGAAAUAUGGUCAGAAUGCUGGUCUUGUUAAAAUCUGGAUUUGGAUUGAAUUUGGGUCAUCUGUGGUCAAAAAAUAGGUCACUACGUCAAAUUAAAAAAAAAAGUAGACAGUAGAGGUCACAGAUUUCAUCCAAACUUAAUAAAAUUUGGCCAGAAUGUUAAUCUUGAUGAAAUCUGGGCUGGGAUUGUAUUUGGGUCAUAGUUUUUUUAUGAUCUUAAUGAAAUAUGGUCAGAAUGUUUAUCUUGAUAAUAUCUGAUUUUGGAUCUUAUAUGGGUCAUCUGGGGUCAAAAAUUAGGUCACUGGGCCAAUUCUAGUAAAACCUUGUGAAGAUGAAAGAGGUCACAGUUUUCGUCCGUCUUAAUAAAAAUUUGUCAGAAUGUAUUAAUUAAUGAAAUCUGGCUUGGGAUUGUGUAUGGGUCUGAUAGAAUAUAAGUUGAUGUAUCAAGGAGAGUCAGUUGAGCGAUUCAGGGCCAUCAUGGCCCUCUUGUUUUAUUGUUUAAGUAGUUUUUCUAUUAUGCACCUAGAUUUACUAUGUUGGUUUGUUUCUUUUGUGAAAUCUUUUUUCGAUGAAAGAUAUUAUAUUUUGUGUCUCAUUGUAUUAUAUUCUACACUUUUUGCUUACCCAAGCCAGGGACCAAUACUUGUUUAUACUUUAUACUUGCUCAUGGUGAGCUUUUGUGAUCACAUUUUGUCCAUCGUUUGCCCUGUGUGAAUACUUUAGAGGCCACAUUUGUAUCCCAAUCCUAAUUAAAAUUGGUCAGAAACAUUGGCCCCAAUGAUACAUGUAUGUUGGACCACUUUAACACUGGGUCACCUGGGGUAAAAACUAGGUCACUAGGUAAAAUGAAAGAUAAGAUGUAUCUGCUGAAUUCGGAAAUGGUUCUGAUCUGUUUUAAAAGAUGCUACCAUGGGUGGGGCAUUUUAAUGCCCCCCUUCGAAGAAGAGAGGGUAUAAUGUUGGCUCAUGUCUGUCCGUCGGUCCGUCCACCGUGUGGUUUUUGGAUGAUAACUCAGUAACACUAAGGCCUAGGAUCAUAAAACUUCAUAGGUACAUUAAUCAUGACUGUCAGAUGACCCCUAAUGAUUUUCAGGUCACUAGGUCAAAGGUCAAGUUCACUGACUCAAAACAGGAAAAUGGUUUCCGGAUGAUAACUCAAGAAUGCUUACGCCUAGGAUCAUGAAACGUCAUGGGUACAUUGAUCAUGACUGUCAGAUGACCCCUAUUGAUUUUCAGGUCACUAGGUCAAAAGUCAAGGUCAAAGUGACUCGAAACAGUAAAAUGGUUUCCGGAUGAUAACUCAAGAAUGCUUACCCCUAGGAUCAUUAAACUUCAUGGGAACAUUGAUCAUGACUGGCAGAUGACCCCUAUUGAUUUUCAGGUCAAAGGUCAAGGUCACAGUGACUCGAAAUAGUAAAAUGGUUUCCAGAUGAUAACUCAAGAAUGCUUACACCUAGGAUCAUGAAACUUCAUAGGUUCAUUGAUCAUGACUGGCAGAUGACCCCUAUUAAUUUUUAGGUCACUAGGUCAAAGGUCAAGGUCACAGUGACUCGAAACAGUAAAAUGGUUUCCUGGUGAUAACUCAAGAGUAAUUAGGCCUAGGAUCAUGAAACUUCAUAGGUACAUUGAUCAUGACUGGCAGAUGACCCCUAUUGAUUUUCAGGUCACUAGGUCAAAGGUCAAGGUCACAGUGACAAAAAACAUAUUCACACAAUGGCUGCCACUACAACUGACAGCCCAUAUGGGGGCAUGCAUGUUUUACAAACAGCCCUUGUUUCAAAUGUCUGUAGUGAAACUUGGUUAACACUACCCUUUAAGUAAGUUAAGCUGAUUCAGUCUCAGGUGAGUGCUUUAGGGCAUUAUUUUCCUCUUUUUUCACUUAGUGUUUCUGCUAAACUGCCGAAAUAUGUCCAAGUGUAAAAGUGUGGUACAUCAGUACGAGCAUUCCAUUCAUAUCAUGUGUUCUAAUGGAAGUUUGUAGCUAACUAUACUGGAUUUUUUUUGCCAGCUAUAAUGUAUUUGUUCAUAUUGUUGGUUGCUAUAAUGUAUUUGUUCAUAUUGUUGGUUGCUAUCAUGUAUCCGUUCAUAUUGUUGGUUGCAGAUUCUACAAUUGUUUGUGUUAGCAAUUGAAGUAUUUUUAUGACUGAAAUAAAUAAAAAUUGUUUUUAA